AUGACUGAGGAAUCCCCAGAUGUUCCACCUGAAGGAGCUACCAAGUCUGUAAGAGAAACAUACGAGCGUUGGCAGACGGCUAAUAACAAGGCACGGCACUACAUUUUGACGAGUAUGGUCGACACUCUCAUGAAAAAGAUGGAGAAUGUCGAGACGGCCUACAAAAUCAAGGAUCAGGUCCAAGACAUGUUUGGGGAAAAGUCUGUGAAAAAUCGUUUUGAGGCCACCAAUAAAUAUGCCAAUGCUCGAAUGGCACUGUCUCAUUACGUUCGUGAUCACUUGAUCUAUAUGAUGAACUUCUUUUAG